AUGUCGAUUAUUGAGCAUGAAGCAAAUACUUCAAUAGGUUCAGCUGUAGCUCACACAGCGAUCGCUGAAAAUGUUGCUGUUAAAUCAACUGUUAGUACUGAAACACAAUCAAAAGUCAAUAUGGAAAAUACACAAAAAAUGGCUGCAUUAAUGAGUAAACUGGGUACAACUCAUCAACAAAUCGAUGAAUAUUCUCGUCGUCGUACUGAACAGAUAUCUGAAGAGGUGACAACAGCCAUUAUAAAAGUUGUUACUGAUACUCAAGCUCAACAAGGAAAAUUACUAGUUGAUGCUAAUGCACGUUCAGUUGCUAUUGAAGAAGAAUAUAAAUUUAAAUUGCAAAAUUUUGUUGAAGAACUUGAUAUAGUUAAAGCACAAAAUUUAGGUGUCCUCGAAAAAGAUUUGAAUUUACGUCAAGAUAUGAUUCUUGAACAAGCUCGAAAACGUAUCGAUUGUUUAAAUGAGGAAGCUAAUCGUUUGAAAAUGGGUGUUCUACGUGAAGCUCAAACACAGGCAAAUGCCAAUGUCGAUGCUAUUACACAAGAAGUUGCUGCCUUGGGAGCGGCAGAUGCUAAUCGACUUUUAACAUCAACAUCAACUACAGUUAUUCGAACUGAAGCUACAGCUGCUGGUGAAACACAUCUUGUUAAUAUAAAAGCUGUAAUUGGUACUACAGCAAGUAUACAGGUGAAAAAUUGUCAAGAAAGCAAUCAUCAAGUUCAACCAUAG